CGGGCAGAGAGAGGGUAGAGAACGAGUGCCUGCAGAGGGGACAGAGGGAUAAUAAUCAUGACAGCCUCCUGGAAGCAGCUCUUUUUUCAGAUCCUGCUUCUCGUCUUCUGCAGACACAUCAAUACAAAAAUUGUUACAGCAGCACAAGGGAACAGACAGUUUGGGAGACAAUAACAAAAAGUAGCAGCAUGAGAGCAGAGACACCAGGUCCGACACCUCCGCCACUGGUUCCCGACAGCCCCCUGCCAACAGAUGUCAGGAGUGCUGUUCUGAAAGGUGAAAGUCACACUGAAAAAAAAGUUGAAUUGGUGAACCCUGUCAAUCUGACACUGGAGUGUACCUGGGCCGGUAAUCGCGACAAACAACCAAACAUUACCGGGCUCUGGAGAAAAGACGGGGAGGAGAUUGUGAACAGUCUCCUCACAGUGCAGCUGGAGAAUGAGCAGUAUAAUCUCAGACAAGUGUUCAACAUUAUGAACGAAGAAAACCUUGGAAAUUACUCAUGCUCGUUUGGAAAUGAAGCAAGAAUAGACUUUGUUUUGGCAGCUCCACAUAUCGGUGAGGUGCGAGAUAAGCCCAUUGUCGGCUACACUGGGGACACUGCAGUGAUUAUAUGCAAGAUGGAGGAGAGCAAACCAAAACCAAGCACCUGGAACUGGUACAGGACAAAUGGUACAAACAAGGAGCAGAUUCUAACUGCUGCAGAGCCUCACCGGUAUGAAAUCAUAAAUGAAGGGGAGAAGACCAAACUGCUGGUGCACAACCUGACAGAGACCGACUCCGGCUUGUACUACUGCGCUGCAGUGUACCCCAUCGGCACCACGAUGGGCCAUGUGGAGCUGAAGGUCAUCACCUUCUUCGAGCCUCUGAAGCCCUUCUUAGCCAUCAUGGUGGAGGUGAUCGUCCUCGUCGCUGCCAUUUUGCUCUACGAGAAGAGUCAGUCCAAGAAGAACUAUGCAGCAGGAAAUGAGACAAAUGACCAAAGUAACACACUGACGCAGGGAGAAAAUAAUGAAUCAGAGGGAAGUUCUUCAAUGAGACAACGGAAAGUCUGAAUCCUUUUGGUGGAUUGCAGUUUCUUUAAAACUUGUUUUGUUUAUGUUCAAAUGACAGAGCUUAAAAGCAAUAUCUCACUCUAUCUAAUAACUAAUACAAUUCAAAUAUUUUCAAGUCAGCCUUUAACACACAACAUGACAGUGUUGUCAUGAUCCCCAAAAGAACAAAGCCUUCACUUGUUUUUUUAGUCUUGAACCCCUCACUUCCUGUGACAAACACAUCACUAUGCGUUCCUGUUGAAACGGAAGUGUAUUUCCUUAUUUUUGGCAGCACCUUCGACACCCCCACUACUUCUGUUUUUUAUGCAUUAUGGUUUGUUAGCAGUGCCUUACACUCUUACACUGUGCUUAAAACAACUUUUUUUAUCAUGUUUAAGUUCAUUCUUGCAGCAGUAUGUGCCAAACAUGCUGCAUAUUACCUUAAUAGCAUGUAAUAUCAUAUAUAUAAUCAUCAUAAAUGAAAAUGCUUAUGUGUCUCUUUUCAUGUUAAUGUAACAGAAGAUGGUCACAAAGAGCAUAUUGUCUGCUAACCACGACUUCAACUGUGUCUUUAGUUGUCAGCCUGAAUUUAAUCCAUAAGGUGUGCACUGUAUAUGUAAACAAGCAAAAUUAAAACUAUACAGGUCA